AUGGGUUUUGGCCUCCAUGAACUCAUCAACGUCAAGCCGACGGACAAGUGCCCGCUCUGCAGCAGCAAGACACCUCAGCCGCGACUAACCCGCGAGCACCUGCUGACCUGCCGUCCCAUCAAGCGUCACAACGCCCUUCGCGACGAGAUGGGCCGCCUGCUCAGGUACGCCACCCUCUCCCAUGUCUGGGUGGAAAAGUCUGGCUACAACGCCAACGGUCAGAGCUGCCGCAUCGACCUGCACUGCCGCAACCCCUUUCCCGGCGGUGCUCUGGGCCCAGCUCUGCCCGACCUGGGCAUUGACGUGACUGUGCGCACAGCCCAACCCCCGACCACCUCGCAAGCCUGCAUCAAGGUGGGCGCUGCCCUUCGCCGAGCCGAAAAGGAGAAGCGCGACUACUACACCGGUUUCAACCAUGGAAAAACUCUGAUCGUCCCUGCGGCGAUGACGACAACCGGUGGGUUCGCCUCCUCCUUUGUGGAUCUGCUUGGUCAGCUCGCCCGCUGCGCCGAGGCCCGUGGUGUGUACCAGCCCGGGCUGGAUGAGGCGUUUGUUCCUCGAUGGAAGGGUCGCUUUGCGGCGCUGGUCCAUCAGAUGAACGCUGACCACAUCCAGCGCCACUUUGGCGCCCAACCCCCGACCACCUCGCAAGCCUGCAUCAAGGUGGGCGCUGCCCUUCGCCGAGCCGAAAAGGAGAAGCGCGACUACUACACCGGUUUCAACCAUGGAAAAACUCUGAUCGUCCCUGCGGCGAUGACGACAACCGGUGGGUUCGCCUCCUCCUUUGUGGAUCUGCUUGGUCAGCUCGCCCGCUGCGCCGAGGCCCGUGGUGUGUACCAGCCGGGGCUGGAUGAGGCCUUUGUUCCUCGAUGGAAGGGUCGCUUUGCGGCGCUGGUCCAUCAGAUGAACGCUGACCACAUCCAGCGCCACUUUGGCGGUGUCUGCCUGCGCUCGUCGUAG